UCUUCUUAUGGUCAUUCAUUAGAUCUAAAGCAAAAAUUUAUGAACUACACAAAAUAUUUAGUUUCAAAUUUCUUUGAUCCAAAAAUGUGGAUUGCCUUUCUUAUUAUUUGCAGUUUGAUUGUGGGAACUCAAUCUGCUGCCACUAUGACAUCUCAACUUCAAAUGGAAGCAAAUGCUAUAAUAAAGAGUGGAUGGUGGAACACUUCUGAUGCACGUUUCAAUAUAUCUGAUCGUUGUAAUUGGCAUGAUAUAUUUUGCAACGGUGUUGGAAGCAUAAAUGCAAUCAAAAUAGACUCUUGGGGAAGUCAACUUGCAACACUUAACUUGUCUACUUUCAACUUGUCUACUUUCCAAAAUUUAGAAAGCCUUGUUAUAAGAGAAAUUGGACCACUUGGGACUAUCCCUAAAGAAAUUGGUCAUCUCUCUAAGCUCACUUAUCUUGAUUUGUCUAACAAUUUUCUUGAUGGCCAGGUACCUCCUUCAAUACAUAAUCUUAGACAAUUAAACUACCUAGACAUCUCUUUAAACUUUAUUAAGGGUUCCAUCCCUCCUGAAUUGUGGUUGCUGAAAAAUCUCACUUUCUUAGAUCUAUCUAACAAUAGAUUCAAAGGUGAGAUACCUUCUUUACUAGGAAAUCUAAAACAAUUAGAAGACCUUGACAUCUCUAGCAAUUACAUUCAAGGUUCCAUUCCUCUUGAGUUAGGGUUCUUGAAAAAUCUCACUAGAUUAGAUCUAUCUAAUAAUAGAUUUAAAGGUGAGAUACCUUCUUCACUAAGAAAUCUCAAACAAUUACAGAAGCUAGACAUCUCUCACAAUAACAUUCAAGGUUCCGUUCCUCUUGAGUUGAAGUUCUUGAAAAAUAUCACUACAUUAAUUCUAUCUCACAAUAGACUUAACGGAAACUUGCCUAUUUCUCUUACAAAUCUCACAAAAUUAGUAUACAUUGAUAUUUCAUAUAAUUUUCUCACAGGUACUCUUCCUUCCAAUUUUUUUUCAUUAACAAAUUUCGAAACUUCCAUUGACCUAAGUUGCAACUUCAUUAGUGGUGAAAUCCCUUCCAUGUUUGGAAAUUUUCGACAACUUAUUUUAAGCAAUAAUAAUCUUACCGGAAAAAUCCCCGAAUCUAUUUGUACUGUUACUUUUAUGAACAUUUCCUACAAUUAUUUAAGUGGGUCCAUUCCAAAUUGUGUUGAUCCCUUUUCAAUAAUAGGGAACAAGGAUUUAUGUACCAAUUAUCCACACAAGAAUACCCUCUUCCAAUUUCAACCUUGCUCACCUCCCAAGAAAAGUUAUAAAGUAAAGCACCAUGGUUUCAUUGUUCUUUCAAUCCUUAGUAUUAUAAUCUUAGCCUUAUCAUUUCUCAUAUGCUUCAAACUUCGUCAUAGUUCUGUUAAGAACAAGCAUGAAAACACAACGACAACAAAGAAUGUAGAUAUGUUUUGUGUAUGGAAUUAUGACGGAAAAAUAGCAUUCGAUGACAUUAUUAAAGCAACAGAGGACUUUGACAUGAGAUAUUGCAUUGGAACAGGAGCAUAUAGAAGUGUUUACAAGGCACAAUUACCAAGUGGCAAGGUUGUUGCCUUAAAGAAACUUCACGGCUAUGAAGCCGAGGUUCCAUCUUUUGAUGAGAGUUUCAAAAAUGAAGUGAGAAUAUUAUCAGAAAUAAAGCACAAACAUAUUGUGAAGCUUUAUGGAUUCUGCUUGCACAAAAGAAUCAUGUUUUUGAUCUAUCAAUACAUGGAGAAAGGAAGCUUGUUCUCUGUCUUGUAUGAUGAUGUAGAAGCUGUGGAAUUCAAUUGGAGAAAAAGGGUUAACACUGUUAAAGGAGUUGCAUUUGCUCUAUCUUAUCUUCAUCCUGAUUGCACCGCUCCAAUAGUGCAUCGAGAUGUAUCUACUAGCAAUAUCUUGCUAAACUCUGAGUGGCAGGCCAGUGUCGCGGACUUUGGCACAGCUCGACUCCUUCAAUAUGAUUCAUCCAAUCGAACAAUAGUUGCUGGAACUAUUGGAUAUAUAGCUCCUGAGCUUGCUUAUACUAUGGCUGUGAGUGAAAAGUGUGAUGUAUAUAGUUUUGGUGUAGUGGCACUUGAAACUUUAGUUGGAAGGCACCCUGAAGAUAUAUUGUCAUCCCUUCAAUCAACAUCGACACAAAGUAUCAAAUUAUGUCAAGUAUUAGACCAACGUCUUCCACUUCCAAGUAAAGAAAUAGCUAUCCAUGACAUAAUUCAUGUUGCCGUGGUAGCAUUUGCAUGCUUAAAUCUCAAUCCUCGUUCUCGACCAACAAUGAAACGUGUGUCACAAAGUUUUGCCACUGAGCUGACACCAUUAAGAACUCCUUUGAGUGAAAUUUCAAUGCAGCAACUCUUGAGUCAAGAACUCAAAGCAUUAUUUUAUAUUGAAGACCCUUGAAAGAAAAACUUCACAUUGAAUUAAGUUGAAUGUGUUAUUAUUCAAUAAAGACGCUGUCUAUUUUUUAUUUUUUUUGGCAGAAGUUGUUGACAUGUGCUUUAAAAUUUUGUUGAGAUAUCUCAAACAUAUAUGUAUAUAUGUAUUCUUGUUUUUUGAUUUUGAAUAAAACUGAACUACAUCUGGGUCCA